CAUGUUUAUUUCUCUUUUUUGGAUAAGCUCAGCUCUAUCCCCAUUGCUUAUCACUGAGUAAAAGACCCAAAUGGCAAUUUCAUCUUCUUCACUCUCAGCAGCUCUUUUUCCAGUGUGUAAUUCGUCCACCAUUUCAUCCCAACCCAAGUUCUCUCUUCUUUCUUUGCCUUCAAAUUCCGCUAAAACUAAAAUACAGAUUUUCAACCAAUCAAAAGUGUCCACGUCUAAGGUUUUUGCUUCUCCAGAAGUCUUGGAUGCCGAGAAUGUCUCUGCUGAUGUUGAGGAUAUUCCUGCUGCCUCGACGCUGAGUGUUGGUGUUGACGCUGAUAAGGCAGCACCAAAGCAGAAGAUUAGGAUCAAAUUGAGGUCAUACUGGGUGCCCCUAAUAGAAGACUCUUGUAAGCAAAUUAUGGACGCUGCAACAACAACAAAUGCAAAGACCGUGGGUCCUGUACCAUUGCCCACCAAAAAGAGAAUUUACUGUGUCCUCAAAUCUCCACAUGUGCACAAAGAUGCACGGUUCCAUUUUGAAAUAAGAACUCAUCAACGCCUUAUUGACAUUCUCUACCCGACUGCCCAAACAAUCGACAAGUUAAUGCUGCUCGACCUUCCUGCUGGCGUUGAUGUUGAGGUCAAGCUCUGAGAAAAUCGCUUCUCCUCCUUGUAGCACUGUAACUCUGUUUAUCUCUUACAAGUUUAUUUUCAAGUUUUGGAUUUUGUACCAGUACAUGCCACAAUAUUUGUUGGGAAAAAGUAGGUAGAUGCAUAUCUUUUUUUGUGUAUUAAUUUGGAUUAUUGGAUUAGCAAGCACCUAUUCAAGCUCGUUUCAUCGUAUACUGUUACAUGUUA